AUGGAUCCGCCACCAAAUCUGCCACCGACAGACAGAUACUCGAAGAGGUACGCCGAAGCACUCAUACCCUAUGAAGCAGAUGACUUGGACAAAGCAGUAGAAAUAGCCAAGUGUAACUUGACGGAUCCGACGCUUCCACGAUACUGGCUGGUCAAGAACUGCAUCUUGAUUGUAUGCGCCUCCACAGAUUGGGAUGAGGCAGAGAAUUAUCGUCUGCAAGGCGAAAUGGUGUACCACGAGGCCAAGAAAGGCACAAACCCAGGCGACAAGCUAUCUCUCGAGUAUCUUGGGAAGCUGAGGAAGGACCUCGACGAACUGCAGGAGGCUCAAGCGGAACAAGCUGCAGAUAACGGCUGGGACGAUCAAGUCGAAGUCGAAGUCAACGAGCGGGAAGGAGAGGUCGACGGCGGGGACGAUGAGUUCGAAGAGUGGGACGAAGAGCUCGAUGAUGCUCAAGAGGUCGAGGCUGCCGAGGUCGAUGCUCUUGGACCGGACGUCCAAGCCAGCAAGACCGCUGGUGCGGAGAACCUGCAUGGCGAAGCUCAACCAGCUUCAAUUCGCAAGCCUGCGGCAGCACAUCUGAUGCCUGAUGUAGGCUCGAUGAUGCGGAACGAGCACGGCGGAUAUGGAGGCUAUGAUGGGAGUAUGGAUUAUGUGAAGCGACCAUCGCAGGGUAGCAGCACCGACAGUGGCCACAGCAAGGCCAAGUCACUCUCGAUUCGAGCCAAAGAUGGUUUGGCGGGCAUUCUCAAAGGGCUGACGGGCGACGAGGAGGACAAUGGAGGAAGCUAG